UUUUCUGAAUAAAAUUCAUUCACACGAUUGAAACUCUCGACAAAACUGGCAUUUCAAACUAAAUUGAAUAAAAUUUACUGAGUUUGAUUGCUCAAACAACAAUGAAACUGUUCAAAUUGUGCGAGUCCGUUGUGAAUUCCGUUCAUUUGUGAUGAAUUUUUUCUCAAACCCUUCGGCUUCAAAGCAGUUUUUUUUCUUCUGAAAACGUUUUUAUGAAAGCCGAUGAAUCAACUCAGUCAAUAUUAGGUUGUUGCAAUCGUAUCGAAAAUUCCCUUGAAAAUCGCGUGAAAUCCAUCAUAAGCUGAAUAUAAUGACCUCAGAGUGUGAAUAAAAGAAUCAAAUGUCAAAUUUGUUGUAACAAAAGGACCAAAUCGUGUAGAUUCCCUUAAAAAAUCCACUAAAAACGGUUUCAACUAUUGUUUUGGAAGGAAUGUUCAUCAUUCGGAUUUAGCGGAACGAAAGGCAAAACCACCAUUUAGACGGAGCCGUUUCGAGGGUGGAAACAGUGCAAAAGCAAUGGCACACUCGCCAAAGCAUUCGUCCUCCGGGCCGGAAUCAAAUUCGUUGCAGCGACAAAAUCAAGAGCUGCGCGAACGAUUGCAAGAAGAUGCAGCCCUUUAUCGACGCCGUUUGGACACAUACAAACAGGCCCAACAGAAUCAAGCGGCUCUCGUUGCCCGUCUUCAAUCGAAAGUUAUGCAAUAUAAAAAGAAGUGCAACGACCUAGAGGAUCGAAUGUGUGACCCCGUUGGACCGCCAAGCCCAAAACCGGUUAAGUCAUACGGGGGUGGUCAAUAUGCAGGCGGUCAUGCACCGCCGAUGAGUUUGCCGUGCAUGACAACAGCCGAGCAAAACAAAGAAUUCAGUGUGCCAUGUGCUCAGGACGAUAUCCUCAACAAGCUGGAAAGUGAUAAACUCAAAUGUGAACAUUUGAUGGUACGAAAUGAGCAGUUGCGUCAUCAGCUCGGCGAAUCGCAUCGAACAAAUUUGGCGUUAACAAAUGACCUGCACAAGUUAACCAUCGAUUGGGAGCAUAUGCGUGAUGAUAUGGCACACAAAGAAGACGAAUGGAAAGAAGAGGAACAGGCGUUCAAUGAUUACUACAGUUCCGAGCAAAAUCGUUUGAUUGAAAUGUGGCAGGACGUGGGCUCAGUGCGAAAAUCAUUCCGUGAUUUACAGUUUACCUUGAAAUCGGAUUUGAGCCGAAUGCAACAAGAAAUAUCGGGUGUAAAUCGUGAAUUGGCCAAUGCAUGCGGUUCGGUUGCCGAGCAAAUUCGACAGCAUGCCCAACACGAGGAAGCCUAUCAAACGCAAGCCGAACGUGCGAAUCAAGAAUUGAAAGCUCAAGUCGAUGCGCUGAAUUUACAGAAUGAAACAUUCAAACAUGAACUGGCACAGCGUGAACAACAUCUUCAAAAUGUGUUGGUCGAUUUGAAAAAUUGGGAAGCCCGUUGCUUGGAAGCGGAGAAUAGUGCCGCACAAAAUACACGCUUAUUCGAUGAAAUCGAUCGCUUGAACACCGCACUACGGGACAUUGCACACAUUGUUGUUUCGGAUGCCGAAUCAAAACAAGACGGUGGCUUUGUCGAUGCACAACACAUGCAUCUCACCCAGUCACUACCAGUGCCACCAAAAUCACCGAAACGUGGCGGCGUUCGUACAUCACAAGCAUUCGCCGAGGGUACCAUUUCGGCCGUACAAGCCGUUCUGCAUAAAUAUCAACUAGUGAUUCAUGAUUUGCAGGUAAAAUCGGAAACAAGUGCAAAUGAAUUGCACGCCACUCACAAGCAAUUAGAUGAAUCGCAAAAUGCACGUGAAAUUCUCACCAGUAAAUUAAUGGAAUUGACAAACCGAAUGGAUGCGGCAAACAUUCAACUAUCGGAAUUGGCAAAGGAACGUGAGAGUUUACACCGAACAAUGGAAUCUCUUCGUGGCGAAAAGCAUUCCGUUGACAAAGAAAAGGUCGAAUUGAAUCUGAUGAUUGAGACGCUUAGCAUUGAUUUGGAGAAAUCACAAACGGCCAAGAGUCAUCUACAGAAAUUGUACGACGUUCUGUUAGAAGAGAAGAAAAUGCUUGAAUUGGAUUUGCAAUGCUCUCGCAAGGACAAGGAAAUCACCGAAAUGAACCUGAGAGCCGAAGAGUCACGAAGUGGCAAAUUGCGUGAGAACACAAUAAUAUUGCGUGAAGAAUUGAAUAAAUUGUACUUGGCUCGUGAUUUAUUGGAGCAACAGCGCAUUGAAUCGGAGGAAAUGCUGUUGAUAUCGGAGAAGCAGCGUGCCGAUCUGGAGAGUCGAUUAGAGCGUUUGCACUUUGAGAGUACGGAUGUCAAGUAUCAAUUGGAAAAAUCAAGUUCAUCCAACACGCACAUCAACCAGGAAGUGAAGGAUCUCAACACAAAACUAAAUGAAUUGGAGGUGGAACGGGGCAAUUUGAAGGCACAAAUAGCUGAUCAAAUGGCCGAUAUCGCAUCUCUGAAAAAAGAGCUCAUAUCAGCUGAGCAAGUGCGUUUGGACAUUGAUGCCGAGAAAAUGUCCAUUUCGGAGAAAUUGAAAAUCAGUGAAAUAAACAAAGAAAAAGUGGAAAUGGAAUUGAGUCAAUUGUCGCGUGAACGAAGUGAUUUGCUCAACCAACUGGCAGCCAUGACCAACAAAAAAGACCAAAUAGCCGAAGAAGUGAUGCGUUUGCAACAGCGUCUGAAACAAUUGUCCGAAUGCAAUGAUCGAUUGAAUCGCAAUUUGGAAAGUUUGAUGAAAGAAAACGAAGACAAGCUCAUCAUGAUCGAGUCGCAUGAGAAGGAGAUUCAACGACAACAGGAACACUUUGCGGCACUUCGUUCGGAGAAAGAGGCUUUAGAGGGCAUUCUCUUUGAUACAAACACCAAUUUGGAAGCGUCACAAAAUCGAUGCGAACAACUAGACCGCGAAGUGCACGAAUUAAUAUCGAAGCAAGAGACAAUGAAAAAUCGAAUUGCGCAACUGCUAAAAGAGUUGGAGAAUAGUGAGCGUCGUUUGCAGGAGACGAAAACGCAAAUGAACAAUGCGUUGAGCAAUCAAGAGGCGGAAUUUGUGCAAAAGGUCAACUAUCUCAAGCAAUUGGGUGAAGAUAAUCUAAAAAAAUGGAACGAUGAAAAGGAGCAAUUGAAAAUUGCGGCCGAAUCACGGUUGCACAGCUCAUUGCAAGCGCUCGAAACGAGUAAAGACGGUGAAAUUUUCACAUUAAAAGAACGGCUCGAAUCGCUUCAAUUGCAUUUCGAUUCGGUGUGUCAACAGCAUGAAGAGGUGUUGAUUCGCUGCGAAAAUGAAAAGCAACAAUCGCUUUUGUUGGCCCAUCGUGACAAGCAAGCGGUGGCCGAAAAGCUCGAACAAACGUUACGCGAUUUGAAAACGGAAUCGGAAAAUUUGGAACGAUUGCGUCGUGAAUAUGUGGCAAAAAGCGAUCGUGAUCGCACCGCCAUCAAGCAGCUCAGCGACGAUUUGGCUAAAUUGAAAACGAAAUGUGAAGAGCAAAAAUUGCGAGCCGAAGAGGAUUUGCGCAAAAUCGAUUUGAUGCUCAGCUCAAUGACGUCAGAACGUGAUCUGGCCGUGAAAGAAGUGGAAAAUCUUAAAACACAAUUGGGACUAAGCGAGGAUCGUAUCAAUGGUAUUACGGCUCAAUUGCAGGACACCAACCGGAAAUUGAAAGAGAAUGAAAAUUUGGCCGAAGGUUUGCGAAAAGAAUUGAUCGACUCAAGGCGAUUAUUGGCCGAAUCGAACAUUGAACGCGAUAAAUAUGUUAGCACAAACAAAGAACUGCGCGAUCAUAUUAAAUGCGCGGAGGGACAACGCCGCGAACAGGCUCGCAAUUUGGAGGAUGCCCUACAGAAAUUGGCCAGUUUGGAAGACUCACGGAAUUCACUUGAAAACGAUCGAACACGCAUCGCAACAAUGCUAAAGGAAACACAGAACAAUAUGACCAAAUUGAGUCAGGAACAUCAAGCGGCUGUGGCCAACAUUCAGAAACUGCAACAAAGUGCCGGCAAAAAGGAAGUCAUGGGCAACGAACUACAGGCUAGACUCUCCAACGAAACCGAUGAACGCGAACGCGUCCAACAGGAACUCUGUCAAUUGAAGAAACAGAUGACAGAAUUGGAUGAAACAUUGGAGAAUACGCGCCAAGAGCUUGGUCGUACGCGUUGCAAGGCAAAUCAAGAUGAGCAUCGUUGGCAUGCGCGUGAACAAGAGCUAUUGGGCCGUUUGGAGGAUGGCCGUGGCCGUGAAAAAUGCCUUGAAGAUCAAAAGCACAAUUUGGAAGUGUGCCUGGCCGAUGCUACGCAGCAAAUUCAAGAACUCAAAGCUCGACUCGGUGGAGCUGAGAGCCGCGUUCGAGCACUUGACGAACAACUAGUGCAAAUGGAAUCAUGCAAAAAGGACAUUGAACAUAAACUCACAUCCGUUCUUCAUACAUUAAAACGAAUUGCAGGCAUUCAAUUCGAUGGCACGGUCACCGCUCCGCAUCGACUACUCUCCCCAUCCAGACGAUUCAGUCCAGCACGAUCGGGCGUCGACUACGAUGGUCGUAGUGGUGAAUGUUGUUUGUAUGACAUUGAUCCGGAGAUGAUUCGAAAAUCGGUGCGAAAAUUGAUGCAACAAGUGGCUCAAGUGGAGCGCGAAAAGGAAGAGUACAAAGUUCAAUUGCAAACGGCUCGAAAGGAGCUGGACGAAGCGGGCAAUCAACAUACUCGAUGCGAGAAUAAAAUAUCGAAGCUACAACAAAUGCUACGAAAUGCGAACGAGGAAAAGGCGAAUCUUGAAUCGAAAUUGGCACAGAAGCAACUUGCACUGCAAGGCGUUGAUGAUGCUCUCAAACUCAAAACAAGUGAACUGAAUACAUUGACCGAUAAGUACAAGAGCCUCGACCUACAAUUCUCAAAUGUGUCCGAGCAAAAGUCACAAACUGAAGAUCGUUUAGAGAAAUCGAAGCAAAAUGAAGCCAAACUAGAGAAUGAGAAGCGUCAUCUGUUGGAUGAGAUCGCUCGAUACGAGAGUCGAAGCAAUAAGCUUGACUUACAGCGCAUCGCAUUGGAAGGUGACAUUCAACGCUUGCAAAUGACGCUGCAAGAAAAGGACAAUCAUUUGCGCAACUAUCAAGAGCGACUGGAGAAUCAGCAGCGAUCUGCUGCUCAGGUGGAAGAUAGAUGCGUUGCAUUGAAGACAUCUGUCGACCAAUUGAAAGAGCGUCUCCAAAAUACGGCCAUAAUCGAAACGGAGCUACGCGGUGAAUUGAGCUGUUUGCAAAAAGAGCGAUCGGAACAAGGUCACAAUUUGACAGCGACUCAAGAAAAGAUGAAGCAUAUGCAGAAAUCAUUGUCAAACAGUGAGAAUGAGCGUCGCAUUCUGGCCGAUCGAUUGGACACAACGCAGGCCGCAUUGAACGAACAGCAUCGUGUGCAACAGUCGCAACAGGAUGUGAUUCAACGUUUGCAGAAUCAAGUGGCCGAAUUAGAAGUGCAAAAGUCCACAAUUGAGGCUCAACUACGCAUUGCCAAGUGGAAUCAAGGCAGUGGUGAGGGUGACGCCGGUUGUGUUCACAACAUCGACGAUGUUUCUAGUCAAUUACUCAAAACACAGCGCGAAAAGAAUGAACUUCGUCUGAAAGUGGAAAUGCUCAACGAAAAAUUAAGGCAUGCCGAAAGCAAUAAAUUGAGUAAAUUCUCCGAAAGUCGCCCGUACGAUUGCCCGGAGAAGGUAAAUUUGAGCGAUUACGAGUAUGAUUCCAAUAAAUUCGCCGAUUCUAGUCGAAGAGAGUGCAACAAUCCCGAACAUAACAGUUUGCGGCAGGAAAAUCAUGAUCUCAAAAUUAAAAUCCGUCGUUUGGAAGUGUUGUUGGCCGAAAAAGAGGCUGAACUUACACGAUUGCGAACUAAACUAAUUGAGAGUACAAAAUGUCCGGUGGAUGACUUGGAAAAACAUCGAGCAGCACAAUUGAAGUCAGAACGAUUGCUUGACAUUCGCGAACAACAUCAUCGACAACAAAUUACACAACUGGAAAAUCAGAUCUCAUUGCUGAAGGAGCAAUUGGCACAAGAGGCAAAACGACGCCAACAAUAUAUCCUUCGAAGCUCAAGAGCUGGCCAAGAAAUGAAACAGCUGCGACAAACGCUCGGUGAUUCACUCAGACACAUCGCUCAAGAUCCAGUAGAUUCAGAACUAUUGGAAAAUGAAGCAAGAAGGUUGGACAGUGCCGUUUCGAUGAGCCUUCCUCCGACCACAUUUGGUGGCAGCCAUCACUAUGACCUUGGUAGAAGCUUAAGUCCACGUGCACCCUACUAAAUGGAUACACCCUUCAAUUCAAAACACUGCCACAAAUAUAUUAACCAUACCAAGGAGAAAAAUCUCAACAUUUUUAAUCAAAGCUUGACAAAAACAUAAUCACAUACACACACUCACACAUAAAACCCAAACACUUAGAUGCUUUUCCAAGGAAUAUAUGUACCGUCAGUAUUUCAUAGUCAAUUUUCAAAGUACUUUCAAACGAAAGAAAAGGAAAAAAAAAGCAAAAAAAAAAAUGUCAAAAUCAAAAAUCAAAUGUGUUCACGAAAAAUUAAAAAUGUUCAGCAAAAUAAAUGUUCAGUUUCAGAAAAUUACACAUUAAAAUGAGAAAUGUACACACCUUUCAAUAAAUCA